AUGGAUGACAUAAAAAUAUUCACACCUACAAAAACACAGUUCCAGGGACUGUUGGAAAUAACAGAAAUAAUAUCAAAAGAUAUCCGCUUGGAGUUCGGAAUAAGCCAAUAUGAAAAUGCAUAUCGGCAAUUUAAGGAGUGGUGUGAAACAAAUAAAGCAAGAAAAGCAUCCGAAAAUGUGCUGUUAGCAUAUUUUGCAGAAAGAUCCAAGAAGGUGAAGCCUUCCACAUUAUGGGCAGUAUAUUCUAUGCUAAAAUCAACACUUAAUGCUAAGGAAAACGUAGAUAUUAAAAAAUUUACCAAGUUGGUUCCAUAUUUGAAAAAAUUGUCAGUUGGACACAACCCUAAGAAAUCCAAGGUAUUAACUCGAGAAGAAGUAAAUCAAUUCAUAAGAGAGGCAGAUGAUGAAAUAUAUUUGAUGGUCGUUUUAAUAUUGGGUAUUUCUGGUGCUUGCCGCCGUGAAGAACUCACUAAAAUGAGUGUCGAUGACAUAGAAGAUAAAGGUUCCAUCUUGAUUGUGAAAGUACCGGAUACAAAAACGAACAUACAACGAAUUUUUACGGUUUCGAAUCUAGAUUAUAUCGAUAUUUACCGAAAAUACGUGGCUCUUCGUCCAAGUUAUGCUAGCAGUCGCCGAUUGUUUUUGAAGUAUCAAAAUAAGAGAUGCAUUAACCAAGUUGUUGGAAUAAAUUCUAUUGGAGGGAUGCCCAGCUUAAUAGCAAAAUACUUAAAAUUACCAAAUUCUGAUGCUUACACAGGUCACUGUUUUCGGAGAACCUCGGCCACACUUCUUGCUAAUGCUGGGGGUGAUAUAUGUAGUUUGAAGAGACACGGGGGAUGGAAAUCUUCCACCGUGGCCGAAGGAUACGUGGAAGAUUCUAUCAAUAAUAAGAUUCAAAUAUCAAAUAAAAUUUUAGAUUGUGAAAUUUCAGGAUCACAUGGUAUCACCUCUACCUCAAAAAUUAGUAGUGUUUCAACCCCCAAAACCCCAAUAUCCCGAGCUGAACCUGAAUUAUCUGGUUUAGGAAUAAAUAUUGGUUCGUGUACUGGUUGUACGAUUAAUGUUAAUAUUGUAAAUAAUAACUAAAGUUAUUGUA